GGCUCCAUUGCAGACCAGAUUUUUCUGGACCUGAACCCAGCCUUGUGUCCUUGAAGAGUGACUCAUCAAUGUAUAUCCCUGUAGGUUUUAAGGAAGCACACCAUUCAGUUGCAGAAAGACCAGAUUUUUCUGGACCUGAACCCAGCCUUGUGUCCUUGAACAGUGACUCGUCAAUGUAUAUCCCUGUAGGUUUUAAGGAAGCACACCAUUCGGUUGCAGAAAGAGUGGACCAGAAGAGCUCAGAGUUUCCCAGUGUUCAGUCUGCUCAACAAGAUCAAACACAUCAAGACUCCACAUUAAUGCUGUUGGAGAACACUAUGAUCACUUUUGUGAAUAAUGAGAUAAAUAAGAUCCAGAAGCUUCUAUAUCCAUGUAAACAAGAUUUCUUAGAAAGUGAGAAGGAGGAUAAGGAGUUGUUGGAGGGUGAGGAUGAAGCACAGAUGAAGGAAAACACAGAGGCUUUUCUAAAGAUCAUGCUGAAUCUACUGAGGAAAAAUAAGCAGGAGGAGUUGGCUGCGUAUCUACAGAGCAAAUUCCCAAUCAUUUGUCAACAAAACGUUAAAUCUGCUCUGAGGAGGAAGUUCCAGUGCGUGUUUGAGGGGAUCGCUAAAGCAGGAAAUCCAACCCUUCUGAAUCAGAUCUUCACAGAGCUCUAUAUCACAGAGGGAGGGACUGCAGAGGUCAAUGAUGAACAUGAGGUCAGACAGAUUGAAAAAGCAUCCAGGAAAUCAGAUGGGGAAGAUAAAACAAUUAGACGAGAAGAGAUCUUUAAAGUCUCACCUGGAAGACAAAAACCAAUCAGAACAGUGCUGACAAAGGGAGUGGCUGGCAUUGGGAAAACAAUGCUAAUGCAGAAGUUCAGUUUGGACUGGGCUGAAGACAAAGCCAACCAGGACAUCCACUUCAUAUUUCCAUUCACUUUCAGAGAGCUGAAUGUGCUAAAUAAGGAAAAGUUCAGUUUGGUGGAACUUGUUCAUCACUUCUUUCCUGAAACCAAAGAAGCAGGAAUCUCCAGCUUUGAAGACUUCCAGGUUGUGUUCAUCUUUGAUGGUCUGGAUGAGUGUCGACUUCCUCUGGACUUUCACAAAACUACAAUCCUAACUGACCCUCGAAAGUCCACCUCAGUGGAUGUGGUGCUGAUAAAUCUCAUCAGGGGGAACCUGCUUCCCUCUGCUCACCUCUGGAUAACCACACGACCUGCAGCAGCUAAUCAGAUCCCUCCUGCAUGCGUUGACAUGGUGACAGAGAUCAGAGGGUUCACUGACCGACAGAAGGAGGAGUACUUCAGAAAGAGAUUCCAGCAUAAGAAAAUAAGCAAAAUAAUCUCCCACAUCAAGACAUCACGAAGUCUCCACAUCAUGUGUCACAUCCCAGUCUUCUGCUGGAUCACUGCUACAGUUCUGGAGGAUGUGCUGAAAACCAAAGAGGUAGGAGAGCUGCCCAGUACUCUGACUGAGAUGUACAUCCACUUCCUGGUAGUUCAGGCCAAAGUGAGGAAGGUCAAGUAUGAUGGAGGAGCUGAGACAGAUCCAGCCUGGAGUUCAGAGAGCAGGAAAAUGGUUGAGUCUUUGGGAAAACUGGCUUUUGAUCAGCUGCAGAAAGGAAACCUGAUCUUCUAUGAAUCAGACCUGACAGAGUGUGGCAUCGAUAUCAGAGCAGCCUCAGUGUACUCAGGAGUGCUCACACAGAUCUUUAAAGAGGAGAGAGGACUGUACCAGGACAAGGUGUUCUGCUUUGUCCAUCUGAGUGCUCAGGAGUUUCUGGCUGCUCUUCAUGUCCAUCUGACAUUUAUUAACUCUGGAGUCAACUUGCUUAAGGAGAAACAAAAAACAUCUGAUCGGUCUGAAACAGAUAAAUACUUCUACCAGAGUGCUGUUGACAAGGCCUUACAGAGUCCAAAUGGACACUUGGACUUGUUCCUUCGUUUCCUCCUGGGUCUUUCACUUCAGGCCAGUCAGACUCUCUUACAUGGCCUGCUGACACAGACAGGAAGUAGCUCACAGACAAAUCAGGACACAGUUCAGUACAUCAAGAAGAAGCUCAGUGAGAAUCUGUCCGCAGAGAAAAGCAUCAAUCUGUUCCACUGUCUGAAUGAACUGAACGAUCAUUCUCUAGUGGAGGAGAUCCAAAAGUCCCUGAGAUCAGGAAGUCUUUCCACAGAUAAACUGUCUCCUGCUCAGUGGUCAGCUCUGGUCUUCAUCUUACUGUCAUCAGAAAAGGAUCUGGAUGUGUUUGACCUGAAGAAAUACUCUGCUUCAGAGGAGGCUCUUCUGACACUACUGCCAGUUGUCAAAGCCUCCAAAAAAGUCAUACUGAGUGGCUGUAACCUCUCAGAGAGAAGCUGUGAAGCUCUGGCCUCACUUCUCAGCUCCUCAUCCUCUAGUCUGAGAGACCUGGACCUGAGUAACAACAACCUGCAAGAUUCAGGACUGAAGCUUUUGUCUGCUGACCUCAACAGUCCACACUGCAAACUGGAAACUCUCAGUCUUUCAGGCUGUCUGAUCACAGAGACAGGCUGUGCUUCUAUAGCUUCAGCUCUGAGCUCCAACCCCUCACAUCUGAGAGAGCUGGACCUGAGCUACAAUCAUCCAGGGGACUCAGGAAUGAAGCUGCUAAAGGAGCCACACUUGAGACUGGACACUCUCAGGUAUAAAAAGAAUGUCUGA